AUGGCUCCUCCCAAGGCUGCCCUCGACUUUGUCGACUUUGUCAACGCCUCGCCUACCCCCUACCACGCCACCAAGUCGGCCGCCGAGCGGUUCGAAAAGGCCGGCUUCACCCUCAUCAAGGAGCGCGACUCCUGGGCCUCGAAGCUCCAGCCCGGCGGCAAGUACUACCUCACCCGCAACGGCUCCUCCAUCGUCGCCUUCGCCAUCGGCCGCAAGUGGCGCCCCGGCAACCCCGUCGCCAUCGUCGGCGCCCACACCGACUCGCCCUGCCUGCGCGUCAAGCCCGUCUCCAAAAAGUCAAACGUCGGCUACCUGCAGAUCGGCGUCGAGACGUACGGCGGCGGCAUCUGGCACUCGUGGUUCGACCGCGACCUGAGCAUCGCCGGCCGCGUCCUCGUCCGCGACGGCGACAGCUUCGUCCAGCGCCUCGUCAAGGUCGACCGGCCCCUGCUGCGCAUCCCCACCCUGGCCAUCCACCUCCACCGCCAGUCCAACUUUGACCCCAACAAGGAGACGGAGCUGUUCCCCAUUGCCGGCCUCGCCGCCGCCGAGCUGAACAAGAGCACCGCCGCCAAGCCCGACGAGGACAAGAAGGAGGAGAAGAAGGACGACGACGAUGACGAGGACUUCCGCCCGCUCGACCAAAUGUCGGAGCGCCACCACCCGGGCGUGCUCGACGUCCUCGCCAGCGAGCUCGAGGUCGACGUCUCGGCCAUUGCCGACUUUGAGCUCGUCCUCUACGACACACAGAAAUCGUGCAUCGGUGGCAUCAGUGACGAGCUCAUCUUCUCCCCCCGCCUCGACAACCUCGGCAUGACGUACUGCUCCGUCAUGGGCCUCAUCUCGUCGGUCCGCGACGGCGCCUCGCUCGACAACGACUCGACGAUUCGCAUGACGGUGUGCUUCGACCACGAGGAGAUCGGCUCGCAGUCGGCCCAGGGCGCCCACUCCAACCUGCUGCCGUCGGUGAUCCGCCGCCUGUCCGUCUUGCCCGGAAACCGCGACGCCUCGAGCGAGGGCAGCUACGAGGCCGUCCACCACGAGGGCGAGGAGUCGACGGCCUACGAGCAGACGCUGUCGCGCUCCUUCCUCGUCUCGGCCGACAUGGCGCACGCCGUCCACCCCAACUACGCCGGCAAGUACGAGCCCUCGCACCAGCCCGCCAUGAACAAGGGCACCGUCAUCAAGAUCAACGCCAACCAGCGCUACGCCACCAACUCGCCCGGCAUCGUCCUCGUCCAGGAGUGCGCCCGCCUCGCCGGCGUGCCCCUGCAGCUCUUCGUCGUCCGCAACGACUCCCCCUGCGGCAGCACCAUCGGCCCGGGCCUCGCCGCCAAGCUCGGCAUGCGCACCCUCGACCUCGGCAACCCCCAGCUCAGCAUGCACAGCAUCCGCGAGACGGGCGGCACCGCAGACGUCGAGCAUGCUGUCAAGCUGUUUGACCAGUUCUUCGAGAGCUACGGCCGCCUCGAGCCCAAGAUCCUAGUGGACUAG